AGAGGGUUUUUGGCCAUCAGGUAAUAAGAGAGACAAAGGUAGCGUCCAAGGAUGGAUGGGAAACCAAAGCAUGCGUCAAGCAUAUUAUAAUUCGGACAGAUAAAACAGAGAAGGAUGGAUGGGAAACCAAAGCAUGCGUCAAGCAUAUUAUAAUUCGCCGAUCUCUUGAGACUCUCCGGCAAUUGCCUGAUAAAUUUUACAUCAGUCGGAAUUCUGACGUAAUUCGCCGGAAUUUCAUUUUUUUCACCGGCGCUUUCUUCUUUUUUUUUUUUUUUCUUAUGCACAGAAACCUUGACAACCCUGAACAGAAGCCGUUUCUCAUAAGAAAUUGUACAGAAGACACGUCUAAGUUUCAAUUCGUUGGAGUUUACUGGAUUAGCUGAACCUGAAGUUCUUCGGAGGCCUUCAAAUGGUUUCAUCAUUGGGAUCAGAUGCAAGCUCAAGCAGUCGGUGGUGCUUGCAUUGACUACACCAGAUUGUUUUUGGAUUUCUGAACAGUGAUAUGGCCCAAAGAUUCUAGUUCUUCAUGCUUGUUGAAUUCUUCUAGUUGGUAUGAGUCUCUGAGAUAUGGUGUUACAGAAGAGGCUAGAAUAUGGAUUCAAUGGCUACCAGGUGCCUCGAGCUUCCAGAUCAGCUAGGGGUAGAGGUUCUGUUAGGAAGAAGGUCCAUGACAACCCAAUGUGUGCAUUUGAUUUAUUGGCUACUGUAGCUGGAAAAUUGCUACAGGAGGGGGAAAGUUCACCUGCUCCUGCUAAAGCAUCGGCCAGGAAUGAUCAGAACCCCUUAGUUAAACAUAAUCUUGAAGCAGAACAACAAGAUGAAGAGAGAACCUUAAAAGUAGAACCUUUUGACCAAGGCAGCUGCAAUGAAAGUGUCCUUGUCUCUGGGCUUGGGUCUGAAGGUCACAACCGAACACAUUUUUUGAAGGAGAACCCACAAGUUCAGAAUGCUGUGGCUUUGAGGCAAACUCCUGCAACAAGAAAUUUGAACUACUCAGAGAAGUUCACUUGUGCUGAGAAGUUCAUUAAGGGUAAAAGCAGGAAUGAGUUUGGAUGUAUUCCAAGUAAAGAAAGGAAAGGCUCCCCCAGCUAUGGAGAAUCCUAUGGAGGCAAGGUAGAAGAUGGAACAGUAAGAGAGCGUGAAACACAAAAAAUUGGGAGUGUCAUAAAUGGAACUUUGCCUGAUUCAUGCAGUUCAGAAGAUCCAAUGGAAGUGGAUAGGAAACCUCCUGCAUUAAUCAGUUCAGACAGUAGUGUUGACAUACCUUUAUGUAGGGACCCCAUUUCUUUCCCUGAUGAUGAUGUAAAAGUAGUAAAUAGAGACGAUGACGAAAACUCUUCUGGGUGCACUCAACCUAGCCCCAUAAAUGUGAAGUUUAGACCUUCAGGACGCAUUGGAGAUCGGAGAAUAAGGAAGCUGUUUGCCUCUAAAUAUUGGAAAGCAGCUCCAAAAUUGAGUGAUGGUGAAAUUUCUAAACCUGAUGGGGAAAUGAAGCCUUUUUCUCGCAAUAGGAAAACCUGUUGCACACGCCAAAGAUCUCAGAGGAAUUCUCCUUUCAAGAAGAGGAAGCUUUUAGAUCAAAGCUCGGUAUCAACAUCUGAUGGAGGAAUUAGUAGCAUAGGCAUUUCUAAUUCGGCUGAGAAGGGAGUCAAUGAAGUCACAAUUGGUUCAGGUGCAAUAAUGCGUGGAGCAAGUGGCACAUCUUCUUCUGUGGCAGGUCAACAAACAGCAUUUCAACCAAGGGAUUCUCAUGUGAGGCUUAGUAUCAAGUCCUUUCGGGUACCAGAGCUUGUCAUUGAGAUCCCUGAAACUGAAACUGUUGGUUCACUGAAGAGGACAGUUAUGGAGGCUGUGACUGCUGUACUUGGAGGUGGACUACGUGUUGGUGUACUUCUUCAGGGAAAGAAAGUUAGAGAUGACAAUAAGACUCUUCUUCAGGCUGGAAUCUCUAAUGAUAACAAGUUGGAUGCUUUGGGUUUUACACUAGAACCUAACCCCACAAAUUCUCCACCACCCGUGUGCCCUGAAGAUCCUCCCUUUCUGCUACCUUGUGAUGCACCCCAGCCAAUAAACAGGUAUCCAACCCCAGCUGCUUUGGAUCCAGGGACUUCUGAAGUCUCCCUUGUUCCUCCUAUGACCAAUUUAGCAAAUUGUGUAGAGAGUGAUCAUGAUUCUGUUCCUUCUCCUAUUGAUGUGUCGAAGGAUAAAAUAACACCAGAUUCUAGAACCUUGGUUGCCAUCCCAGCAAUGAGCGUCGAGGCUUUGGCUGUGGUCCCUUUUAACCGGAAAUCUAGACAAUCUGAACUUGUUCAGCGCCGAAUCAGGAGGCCAUUCUCUGUCUCAGAAGUGGAAGCACUUGUACAAGCAGUUGAGAAACUUGGGACUGGAAGGUGGCGUGAUGUUAAAUUACGUGCUUUUGAUAAUGCAAAGCAUCGGACUUAUGUUGACCUGAAGGAUAAGUGGAAAACAUUGGUGCACACGGCAAGAAUCUCCCCUCAACAGAGGAGGGGAGAGCCCGUACCCCAGGAGCUCUUGGACCGCGUCCUCUCUGCACAUGCUUACUGGUCUCAGCAGCAAGCCAAGCAGCAGCAGGUCAAGCAGCAGUCAGAGACGUGCCUUCUCCUCUAGACAUUUAAUGGAGAGGGGAAAGCAAUGGAGGAAUAGAAUGACCUCUAACUAUUUACUGUUAUUUAGUCUUAUUUUUGUAAAGAAUGAUGAUGACCAGAAGAAAAAAAAAAAGAGAAAAAAAAAUCAUGUAAUAUUCCCACACUCACCAUGAUUCUUAGCCAGGUUUCCUUCACGGAGAGGUUGGCCCUUGUAAAUGAUGACGGAAUAAGAUCAUGCUAACAGAAUUCGUCCGACGCCCAGUACACUGGCGUUUUCUGUUCAAUUGAUCCCAUUCAAUUUCAUUUGAUUCUUUGAAGAAAAUUUGUUAAAAAGAGAAUAAGGGAGAAGGAAAGGAAGAAAACAACAUGCUUUUGUUGCUAUUACUUGUCGCCUCGUUUAGUUUCUUAUAUUUCCUUCUGUCUCUUUUCUUUAUUUCGUUUUCUUGUUUUUCUUGUAUGUGGGAGGAAAAAAGGGGUCCGGUGUUUGGUUUCUUUGUUGGUAGUUGAUGAUUGUAAUGGAACUCUUUGUGACAUAAGUUGUUGAGUCAAGGAACGACUCAAGAAUGAUUCAUUAUCCAUUAUGCA